CUGCAGUCUGGGCCUGAAAGCGUCGAUCCGUGGGUCGCCCUUCCAGCUUAUGACUUCAUCCGACGACCUUCUCUCCUCCUCUCUUUUUCACCACAACUCGUUCCAUCUGGUCUUCAGGUUGUUUUUCUUGUCGACUUAUCUAGUGAACUUAUAUCCAUCGUCCAUGCCAGCCUCUAUCCGUCUUCUAUGGCCAAUGAGUCUUAUUGAUUGCUGCCUCUCUCUGGCCUCUUCCUAUGAUGCUCUGGCUGGCCUGAAGAGCAACUCCCCGCCAUCGUACUCUAGACAUGAAUCAAUAGGAACCCUUGAUCUACGAAACUAGACACAGACGAUUUUCUUCUAGCUCGCCCUCUUCUCCGCCAUGGACGACCCCCAUCUAACCGCCUCCACUGGUGGCAGCUCUGGCGCUGUCGCCCGAUCGCCCAUUGACGACGCUCCAGCCACUUCAUCCUCGACCCGCCCGGAUGCCGGCGAGAGCAAUCCGGCCAAAAAGAAGAAACACAGGAACCGCCCGCGGCGACGGCGCAAUCGUCGCCAGUCUUUCCUGACUGCUGAGGACAUCAAUCCGUCUGGAGGGACGACGAAUAACGCUGGAGGUGCCCCGACGACUGCAUCAACUGCCGCUGCUGGUUCUCUUGGCUCUGCGACGGGGACAGCCACCGCGAACGGCCGGUCGCGGCUCUAUCAUCUGGGCCAGCGAUCGAAUCUCAGCGGGACCAGUUUAGACAGCGAGGCCUUGCUAGAUCAUCGGGACCAACCGAUGAUGCGCCCACGCAGAGAGAGCCGUCUCGCGACUCAGUCCGCCCGCCCAGACUCAUGGAAGAAUCCCUUUCUAUCUGCGGACACUCCUCGUCGCUCGCAACGGUCGGGCCAGAGAUACCAUGCUACUGUGGUUUCUGAUGACGAGAGUGAUGAUGGCCAACAGGUUGUUGACGACCGCACACCAUUGAUCGGGCCGUCGUCGACGCACACCGCGAGUUUUGGGCGAUAUGGGACGGAUCAAUACCGACCAGUCUCGCGGUCAACGGUGUCCAGUCGUCGCUCUGGUCGCAGCCCCGGGGCAGACCGUGAUUAUGAUGUUAAUAAUCCGCCCUCCAUCCCGGGCAGCCCCAAGCUCGGGCCCGAGAUGGGCUACGACGAUGCGUUGACCACGGGUGUAGACUUUGACUUUGGCAGCGCAAGAUCACAGGAAGGACGAAAGGAUUCCGGCAGCCGUGAUGCUGUCAUCAACGUGGAUGGCGAAGCCCGAUCGAAGAAGUCCACGGACUCUUCGCCUCCUUCCCCAAAGCAGCCCCCGCCAGAUGUCCUGCGGCGACGCCGGACAAUCACCUUGCCGGCCGAAGAGGAUGUAUGCUUUCCGACCGAAGUCAUCUCAGAGCUGGCAGAGGAGGAGUUUGCUCGACGGAGUGGGCGCGCGGAAGGUGAGCGGCGGAGGCGACGGCGGAGAGAGUGGCCCGAUCUCGAAGUACUGGAAGAAUGGAGCAGAGAAGAGAAGGAGGAGCGCAGCGGAGACCUUAGAGUGAAGAAGAUCAGUGAGCCCGUGCUCGUGGGCGGCCGACUGCGCCCUCAAUAUGCGGGAUGGCGCCGAGAAGAGGAAGAGAUGCCAUAUCGGUUCACGUACUUCAACGAGGAUUUCCCGAGUACGAUUCACGCUCAGACGAUCUCUGAACUCGUGCAACCCGGAGGCAGCUUCCGGGAGCUCUUCAUCCCAGAUCCGCCCUUGCUUGAGGACGAUUCAUCGUCGGACGAGGAGGACGACGUUUACUCUGUUCCUGAGGACGUUCCUGGCAACAACACGGCGACUGGAGGAAGGAGUUCACUAGCCCCGUCAACGAACGGUGCCAUCGGGCGAAGAGACAAUCGCAAUCUGUCCGCCAUCAGCGAGGCAGCGGUGACUGACUCCAGCACCACGAAUAACAAUGGUCACAGCAACAAUGUAUCUUCCGAUCAAUCGCCCCUGCGUGGAAUGUUAUCGCACGACAAACCAAAGCGCUACGGACCGCGGCCAACUUGGUGGUUAGAUGUCCUGUGCCCGACGGACGCGGAGAUGCGUGUGAUUUCCAAAGCGUUUGGCAUCCAUGCCCUCACGGCGGAGGACAUCAUGAUGCAGGAGGCCCGCGAGAAGGUCGAGCUGUUCCGCAAUUACUACUUCCUCAACUACCGCACUUUCGAGCAAGACAGCCAUAACGAGAACUACCUCCAACCCGUCAACAUGUACAUGGUGGUCUUCCGCGACGGCAUUUUGACCUUCCACUUCUCCCAGACGCCCCAUCCGGCCAAUGUACGACGUCGAAUCCGCCAGCUUCGGGACUAUCUGCUCCUCAGCUCUGACUGGAUCUCGUAUGCAUUAAUCGACGACAUUACGGAUGUCUUCGGGCCAUUGAUCCAGACGAUCGAAGAUGAGGUCGACGACAUCGAUGACACCAUCAUGCAGAUGCAUUCGGCCCCUAACAAGGAUUCCAAGGAUAGCAAGAAUGACGACAAAGGGUUGAGUGCAAUCCCCCCAGGAGACAUGUUGCGACGGGUAGGCGAGUGCCGGAAGAAAGUGAUGGGCAUGUACCGUCUGCUCAGCAACAAAGCCGAUGUUAUCAAGGGCUUCGCAAAGCGCUGCAAUGAGCAGUGGGAGGUGGCGCCCAAGUCCGAAAUUGGUCUGUAUCUGGGCGAUAUUCAGGACCAUAUCAUGACAAUGACAAGCAAUUUGGCCCACUAUGAGACGCUGCUGUCCCGUGCCCACUCCAACUACCUCGCCCAGAUCAACAUCCUCAUGAACGAGCGCCAGGAACAGACCGCAGAUGUUCUGGGUAAGCUGACCGUCCUGGGUACGAUCGUGCUUCCCAUGAAUAUCAUCUGUGGUAUGUGGGGAAUGAACGUGAAAGUGCCUGGUCAGGAUAUUGAUAACCUCUCCUGGUUCUGGUCGAUUACGGCCGCUCUGCUCAUCUUCGCUUUCGUCUCGUUCCUUAUUGCCAAGCGGGUCUACGGAAUUGUAUAGACGGACACCAAUGUCCGCUGGAUGCUACUUAAUCCACAACUAACACCUCAAGCUCUCACGAAUCCCUUGGUUAUACACUGUUCUCGAAAGAGCAGGGAUGAAUGUGAAUAUAAUGCGCGUGCAGUACAUACAUAUAUACCACACCUGAGCCUUCAGAUUAACGACAACUCUGUGGGUCAUUACUGUUUUGUUUAAUUCUCGGUAUGAAUAUCCUCGUCACGUCAAUAGACCGGUUCUUGGACACCUGCAAAGGUAAGGCGUUGGCUCGCUUCAUUUGCGAAAAGUCAAGAUGGACCAUGGCGUCAAUGUUGGAGCAGAUCGAUUUAUGUUUUCUUUUUUUUAAAGUUUAGAUUGGGCUAUAUACUUGGUUAAUCUCUGUUAUUGGUACUUGACAAGAAUAGUUGAGCAAUCUCCAAUAUAACUGUUGUAAUCUUUACCUGGUCCGUUAUGAAUGGAUUAUUUGUUGGAUAUAGGAGCAUGAAUGC